AUGAGCAAUGCUGAGGAUCAGCAGCCAGAAGUACAGACCAUCAUUGUCGAGUGGCCAAACGCUGAAGGCGAGGGGGGCUGUACCAGCGACAAAGUCCCUACGGAGCUCGCGUUCAGUGGUGACUGUCCAAAAUGGGGCUUUCAAAUUGACGAGGAUGAGCAGCGAUACCAGUGGUUCAAGCUAGGCAUCGACCCUAAGCAACAGCAGCAGCAGGCAGUAUCACACUUGUCUAUAGCCUAUCCAAGUGCGAAAGCUCUUCCACCGGCUUCCGAUCCGCAUCACAGUCCAGUCGAACUGGCCACCACUUAUCUGAUUUGUAUCCGCAGGCACGUUGAGAAACUCCUGACACUAAAGCUUGGGAAGGGUGUGAUCGAUACAACGCCAAUUUGCUACACGAUUACAGUGCCAGCCAUCUGGGAUGAUGCAGCCAAAGCUCGUACUCAACAGUGUGCAAAGAAUGCCGGUAUGGGCGACGAGGUCCGCAUCAUCUCCGAACCAGACGCUGCGAUUAUCUACGCGAUUGAUACAAUGGAUCCACACAAAUUCCAAGUCGGUGACACGUUUGUCGUUUGUGACGCUGGCGGCGGCACAGUCGACUUGAUCGCCUACAAAAUUAUUGCUCUGCAUCCAAAGGUCGAGAUCAGUGAAGCAGUCUCUGGCGAUGGCUAUGCAUGCGGCUCGACAUUUCUCAACCGUAUCAUGGCUCAAUUUCUGGAAAAGCAUCUCAAAAACGUGGAAGGUUAUGAUGAGGACACUCUUGAUGAAGCUAUGCAAGACUUUGAAACACAUUCGAAGCGUAGAUUCAACGGAGAAACCGCAAUGACACUCCGAGUCCGAGGUCUAGUUGACGAUCAAGAGAAUGGCAUCAGGCGUCAACGUCUCACUAUCCCGGCAGAGAAAGUCAAAUCAAUGUUCGAGCCAGUGAUGUCGACCAUCCUCACCCUCCUCAUGGCACAAUUGAGGCAGGUGAACCAAGCCAAGGCAAUACUGUUGGUUGGAGGCUUUGGUCAGUCACCGUAUCUUCGAAAUUGCAUUAAGGCAGUAGUACCAGAAACAGUUGAAAUUCUGGUGCCUGCAACUGGGUGGACUGCUGUCGUCAGAGGUGCGCUGAUAAAAUCUCUCAGCGAUAUUCAGCCCGAUACUUCAAGAAUCACCAUAGCAUCUCGCGUCGCUCGCAAGGCGUAUGGCGUUUGCUCUGGCCUUAUCUUCAAUUCAAAGGUCCACCAAGAAUCAUCGAGAUACUGGGACCCUUUCACCGGGCAAUAUCGAGCUAGAGUCAUGAACUGGUUUAUAAAGCAGGGCGAUCGACUCAAGGAUAGUGAACCUGUCACGGCAUCCUUCUACCGAACACAAGCGUUCCGAGAAGGCGCGUUUGGUGUGGUUAAGCUUACAAUCCGCGCUUUCGCUUCCUCUGAAGGUCUUCCUGCUCCGAUGCAUCAGACUAGUGACGUCGGGGACUUUGUCGAUCUCCAUGCUGAUCUUUCCACAAUUUCUACCUCUGUGAUCCCCAUCGAGAGAGGUGCAGACAAUCGUCGAUAUUACAAGCUGGACUAUGAGAUCAAGGCGACUUUUUUCUCUGCGCACACCGAGUGGUCCCUGUGGUAUAACAACGUGGAGUACGGAAAGGUCAGAGCCGAAUAUGCAUGA